CAAAAGAGAAGAAGAGUAUCGUGUGUACAUAUAUACAUUGAUUAUAUAUAUAUGGCUCUAACGAUGAAGAAAACAUGCAAUGUCAUGGCCAUCAUGGCGAUGAUAAUGAUGGUUAUGGCGGUGGAGAUGGGUCAUUGCAAUACGGAGACGGUAGAGAAAUGCGUUACGCAUUGCGUCCCGAACGUAUGUAUGAGAAUAUCAAAGCAUGCAACUGAUAAAUUAUGUGAGAGGCCAUGCACGGAACUCUGCCUCCAUCCUAAUCGCCAAAAAGAUUACAUUAUGCCUCCAAUUGGUGGAAACCCCCCAGAGGGUUUUCUCUCUUUCUUCUGCAAAUACAUUUCCUGCCAUUAAAUGAUCAUCAAUGUUUGGUUUCUGCAAUAUGAACAACUGAAAUUAUGAUUAUAUAUUAAUCAUGAUUUUGUAUGGAUAUUAUCUUUAUUCUUUUCUUUUUGUCAUUGUUGUAUUUGUUAUGCUGAGGAAAAUUCAUCAAAAUGCAAAAGGAAGUUUCUGUCUU